AGCGCCUCGGCCGCUCCCCGCCAGCACCCCCGGGACAGCAGCACCCGGGCCUCCCUCCCUGCCGCCCGGCCCGGGCUCUCCCGCCGCUACUCCGCUGCAGAGGACACCUCAUGGAAAAUAAAUAAAUUAAUUCCCCCACUCACCCCCGCGGCCGGGAGAGGAGCCGGCGGCGGCCGCGGGAUUAGAUCCAGUCCGAGCUAGAGACCAGAGGAGCUAUAGCUUUACUCACAUUUUGAAGAUGAAAGCAGCACUCUUUACUUCAUCUUUUUGCUCUCUGAUACUUGCUCUGGAAAUCUGAACAGUCUAGUUGGAGAAGAGUCAGAGACCAAAAAUGCCACCUGCAACAGGAGCACCAGAUUACCCACCUCCUGAUGGAGGCUGGGGAUGGGUUGUGGUCUUUGGGGCUUUUAUCUCCAUUGGAUUUUCCUAUGCCUUCCCCAAAGCCAUCACAGUGUUCUUCAAAGAAAUACAAGAGAUCUUCCACACAUCAUAUAGUGAGAUAGCUUGGAUAUCAUCGAUAAUGUUGGCUGUCAUGUAUGCAGGAGGUCCCAUAAGCAGCAUUUUGGUGAAUAAGUAUGGUAGCCGGCCUGUGAUGAUAGCAGGGGGUAUCCUCUGUUCUUUUGGAAUGAUUGCAUCCUCUUUCUGCAAUAGUGUCCUUGAGCUGUAUAUAUGUAUUGGUGUGGUCGGAGGUCUGGGUUUAGCAUUCAACUUACAGCCUGCCUUGACCAUGAUUGGCAAGUAUUUCUAUAAGAAGCGUCCCAUCGCUAAUGGAUUGGCAAUGGCUGGAAGUCCAGUGUUUCUGAGCACAUUGGCACCUCUCAAUCAAUUCCUCUUUAAUGCUUUUGGCUGGAAAGGAAGCUUUCUUAUUCUGGGAGGACUUCUUUUGAACUGCUGUGUGGCUGGGUCACUUAUGAGACCUGUUGGACCAAAAAAAGUUACUCCUGUGAAAAAAGAUGUUGAAAAAGGCACAGGAGAUUCUGCCUUGCACAAAAACAACAAGAAGUCUUGUUGGCAAACUAUGAAUAAGUAUCUAGAUCUGUCCCUUUUCAAACACAGAGGGUUUCUGAUAUAUCUGUCAGGAAAUGUCAUUAUGUUUAUUGGUUUCUUUGCUCCGAUAGUAUUCUUGGCUCCUUAUGCCAAGCACAAGGGAAUUGAUGAAUAUUCUGCUGCUUUUUUGCUCUCUAUCUUAGCCUUUGUAGACAUGUUUGCUAGGCCUUCCAUGGGACUUGUAGCAAACUCCAGGUUUAUCCGGCCAAAGAUUCAGUAUUUUUUUAGUUUUGCUGUCUUGUACAAUGGUGUCUGUCAUAUGUUGUGCCCUCUGGCAAAAAAUUACACUGGCUUGGUGAUAUAUGCUGUAUUUUUUGGGUUUGCAUUUGGAAUGGUAAGCAGUGUUCUUUUUGAGACAUUGAUGGACCUUGUUGGAGCUGCCAGAUUUUCCAGUGCGGUGGGACUUGUCACCAUUGUGGAAUGUUGCCCUGUGCUCAUAGGCCCUCCUCUAGGAGGUUGGUUAGUAGAUGUUACUGGUGAAUAUCAGUACAUGUAUUUAGUCUGCGGAGUGAUUGUGACUGUGGCCAGUAUCUGGUUGUUCAUUGGCAACGCCAUCAACUACAGGCUUUUGGCAAAAGAAAAGAAGUUAGAAGAUGAGAAACAGAAAGCACAGAAGAACGCUGACCCAAAGGAAGCAGAACCAUUAACAAACAAUGAGAAUGAAGAUGCUUCCAGCAGAGCUGAUAAAGCUCUUGAAGACCCAUCAGAAAGAGAAACCAAUAUUUAGUCUGAAAUAUAUCUCAGAAGGCAACAUUUAUGACUUCCAUUAGGAAUAUGUCUUCAAGACACAGGCCAGGUUUUGUGAUAAUAAUGAUCAGUCACAAUAUUGGAUGGGAACAGAUUUUUGCCCUAUGGCAAGACUCAAAGCUAAAUUACUAUCUAGAGUUUAUUUGUUUCAGUGAUACAAAAUUACAAUUACAGAGGUAGUGGCUCAAUGCAAAUGAGUCCAAUAAAUUUUGACUCUGGACAAUCAAGAGUCAGAUAAACCAGGCUAUAAAGCCUUCCUAUAACAGUUUUGUUUCAGAAGUGUAUCUAGUGCAAAAGUAUCUCCUACUCUCAUUUGGGAAGACACUUGCAUUCAUCUUUACGAUGUGGUUAAAGUCUAUUGAAAUAAUCUGCCCAAAUUCUAUUUACCAUUAAUAUUAGAGAGAAGAUAAAGUCAAAGAUUUGUUUCAAAAGAGGCAUAAUACCUGACCGUGGCACACUGAAACAUUCUUCUCUUUUGUACACCCACUAGAUAAAAAAUAUGGCUGCAUAAGCAAUUAUGGAUAUAAAAGUUAAGUGUAGGAGACAAAUAAUUGGUGAACACACCUCUAAAAUGCAAUAAAAAGCUGAUUCAUAAUAUAUUCCAGAAGUAGUUUCCUCCAGUUAUAGCUGAUUACAUAGUACUUCAACAUAUACAUUUGAAUUUAAAGUAUGUUCACACCUUGCUAAUUCAAGCUAGCUAAAAUCAGCCUGUACAUAAGAGGUUUAAACCCAAGAUUUACAUUUCUAACAAGAGUGGCAAUCAGUUUGUUGACUGUGUAUUCCUGUGUAGCUGAAGGAUCUGGAUCAAACUGUGAAGCCAUUUUCCUAAAGGGACUAGAUUCAUAAUCUGCUGAUGUUAAAAGGAUACUAACCCUUGGCUUUUGUGGCCUUAAUGAGUUUCAUGACAAUGACUUCAAAGUAGAUGCUUGGCUUUAUUGACAAGUCGUUAGUUGUUUGACGGUUUCUUGAGAGGAGAUUGAAGAUCUAACUUCAGAUCUUUGCAGAUGGGUAGCUUCCCAGUUCCCACUUCCCAUUUGCAGGAAUUUAAUGAAAAGCUACUUCUUUUUGUAUUGCUGCUUUGAGCAAAAAUGCUGCAAGGCACCUUGACAGUGCCAGUCUGGAAGCUUUGUAUUGACAUAUCAGUUUUAUGCAGGAUGUUUAGUCUUGUGUCUACAAUUUCAUGCAGACCAUCAUGUAAAUUAAAAUGUACACAAUUGUUCUUCUUCCUUUAGACAAAACAAGGCAUUAACCUACAAUUUUACUUUACACAAAUGAUUUACUACUGCAUUUAAAAGAUAAAAGUGCGAGCUUCUGAAGAUAAUGUGUGAAAUUAUAUCUAUUCUAUUUCUAGGUAAGGAAAGGUGCUAUUCAUUUUGGAGGGAUGCUUAUAAAUGCCUCAAAAAUUGUGAAAAUUAAGGGUCUGAUUCAUAAAACAUUUAUGCACUGUUUAUGCAGGAUACACCUACACUCAAUUCCAGGAAAAGAAAAUUAUUCAUUUUAAUCCUCUUCUAAAUAUGAAAAAUUUGGAAAUGUAUUGGACUGAGUGAUAAACACUAACUGUGAUAAACACACUUUGAAGUGCCAAUAACAAAAUUAAAAACUCAGUAGUAAAAUCUAGUAGAUAUGGGAGGGCUUUUAAGAAAGUUAUUUCUUAAUAUUAUUUUCAAUAUUAUUUUAAUUUUUCUUCUAAAAAUGUUGAUAGCUCUUGCUUCUGUUUUACUGGUUUAUCAUUUUAUAAGGUUCCACAGUAAUGCUGAUUUUUAAAAAUUUUCUCAUCACUGUUUUGGGGAGAAACAUGAAUCUACUCUCAGCAUGGUACAGAAUUUAAUACCUACUUUUUACCUAGUUAUAUUCAGGAAAACCAAACUUCUCCAACAAAUGCUGUAAAUUUUGAGGAGCAUCAGAAUCAAAAUAUAUGCAUUUCAGAGUUUUGGGAUAAAAUAUGGGUUGCAUGUUCAGACUCGAGCCGUGUACUUUGAAAGGAGGAAUGAUUCAGCCCCAGUAAAAUUACAGUUCCUCUCCCAAGCCCCAGCUUCAGAGAGGAAAUAAAUACAUUGCACCUCCCUCUGAACCUUAGCCUUUCCAGCACCCCAUGACAUGAGGCAUUGCUCUCUUUUUGGCUGUACAAACAUACUGAGUGAAUUCCAGGAGCUGUGAAGGCCUUGUGUGCCCACAGCCAGCAAGGGAUGAGUUUCAUAGAUACUAAGCUUUCAUACAUUAAGGAUUAUCAGUUAUAAAUACUGGACUGUGAAAGAUGAACUGAACUUUUAGCUGAAGAGUGGUCAUAUGGAAUAUGACUCUGCUCUUGAUAGCCACUGAUAGAAAUGCAGAGAUUAUUUGAAAAGAGAUUAAUACAGGAACUGAACCAAAAUGUCUGAGGUAAAAUUGUAGGUGCUUAUUGUUAUCUCUUUGCAAUAAAGGAGCAUGAUUAAGAAUAAGGGUAGAAUACAAGCAGUGUUAACUUUUGACUGAAGGCUGUUAAAAGUUGCUGUUGAGUAAAUAAAGGAUUCAUAAAAAUGAUGAUUAAAAAAAGUCUCUCAGGAAAUAUGCAGGCAACUUGCCUGUUCUAUGCAGGAUCUCAGAAUGCAAAACAACAUGGCAUAGGAAAUAAGGGAAAAACAAAGUUCCUCGAGCCACAGACACAUCUGACCACUAGCAGCAAAAAUUAAAUCACUAUCUCAGAAAAAUAAAAAUUUCCAUAAACACUCUACAGAGAUGUUACUCUUUCGUCUCUGAUCCAUUAUGUUAAAAGGUAAUAGGAGUGUAAGAGCUGCUUACCACCACUCACCAAUGUGCAGUUUUUAAUCCCAUGAAGCAAAAUAAUGUGGCCUUAUGGGAUUAGGCAACUAGAGCAAUAUAAAGUAGGAAGAGCCACAUUAAACAUUUUCUUACACCUCGUUCAUUACUCUUUCUCUUAAUAAUAGCAACAAAAUAAAACCCAUCAGCAUACUCUUGAUACUACUGAAGAUUAAAGAACCCAGAGAUGAGUGAAGAAAAUUGGAACUGUAUCUAUGCAAAAACUGUCUCAAAUUAAAAACCUGUGUCUUCCAAAUAACAGGUUCUAAAGGGGCAAUUGCCUAGUAUAGGUAGCUCUUAUUUCUAAAUGAAAUUAUAAUAAUAAAUUGCCUUGAAUCAACUUCAUUCUGAACAUCAAAGCAGCAAAGCAGCAAAAUGAGUAUAACUUGUCUUCAAACUCCUGAAUAUCACUCCUACUUGCACUGACCUGUAAUUUGUACUGUAAAUCAUUUGAUCACUACAUUUCUGCUUUUGAGAUUAGACCUAGGUAUAUACACAAUUUCUCUGAAUUGCUCUGGUUUCUCUACAUUAUCUGACCCUCAGUUUGAACCACUGAAGGGUCAGCACUAAUACAUUCCCCUGAUCAGUGGUUAAGAAAUGUACUCCAACUUUCUAGCACAUGCGUCUCUUAUGAGCUCUAAGAAUCUGUAGUCUCAGUCAGUGCAAGCAAAUCCUUAAUUGAUCUUGUUCUCAUUUAUACUCGUGUAUACUUCAUUCUUUUAAUUUCUCUACUACAGUAUUGCUAAGCCUGAUUGCCCUUUUUGUCUUCUAGAAAAAAUAAUGCGAAAAAUUUAAAACUAGUAGGAAGGUGGAUAGCAUCAAUAAUAUUUUCGCAAUUUCAUAUCAGGGUUAAAUUUCAAGUAAUUUUAAAGUACACGUCCCAAUACUUCUCUCUCUUUUGUGUUUUUUUUAUGUCAUAUACUCUAUUAGCUGGAGAAUUCUCCUGUAUUGCCCUUUCCAAUUCCAGAGAAAGACUCUUCACUAAUAAUUCUCAGUACUAUUUCAGGAAUGUAUCAAAAUUUCACUCUCUCCUCUCUCCCCAUUAAACUGUGCUUGCAAUUGUUGUUAAUUCUGUAUUUCCAUGAAGUUCAGAAAAGCAUCUUUUUAUAUGAAAGACUUUGUAGUCUUUUAUUUCAGGAGUGUGUUUUGUGAACUACUGUAACAGAGGUAGGGAAAAUCUUACUUCAUUUUCAAAUAGACUUUUUUUAAGUGAUGCUGUCCUUAUUGAGAGGAGGUACAGCUUUACUUACUGCUGAAGUGAAUGGCAGCAAUUUCACUGACAUUGAUGCAAAUUCACAUGAAUUUUAAUGGUUGUGUUGCAUAUCAGCAUCCACUGUGCUUAAAAAACAUUUGGCAAUGUGUACAUGAUUUUUCCUCCCAGAGAAUUCUCAUUCCUUUUAAAUGUUCCCCACCUGCACCACCCCAUACUUCAUUUUGAUGUAACAAAAAAUUUGAACUGGGUAUGUAGUGACUUAUCUUUAAUUCUUUCUUGUUUUUUUUUUCAUGAAAUGACACAUUUUCCUGUUGCCAAAUGCAACAUUUUUCACUUCCUUCUUUCAUGUCCGGUUGUGAAUAUUAGUGGAGAGAUACUGGUAUACAUAAGUUAAAGAUACUACAUGCAGCCAGAUUUUGGACUGCUAUCAGGAUUUCACUAAGCAAAGCAAAGUCACCACUUUUAUAUAUGAACAUGCUAUAAAUGACACUGACAAUUUUGCCUAUAACAAAAUUGAAUCAGGCAAAUUUUGUUAGUUUCUCUAUAGAUGACUAUUUUUAUACUCACAGAGAGGAAUAUAAAGAGAAUUUAAAAAUAAUUAUUUUCAGAGAUGGCUUACCAGUUUUAUUAAGGCUGUUUGGAAUUUUUUGGGGGUGGGUGCACUUCUGAUAUUUUUGCAAAUAUAUAUAUAAUGAAAGUGCUUGCAUGUACUAUCACAUUUUUGAUCAGAAUUUGCAUAAGCAUUGCUGCGUGAUUUCAAUAUAAUUUGCAUGUUGUAGUUUUGCAGUUCAAAUUUUUCUCAUCAUCUACCUCUCAGUUGAAGUUUGGAGACUUGCACAACCCUGGAAGAAUAGAGUUAACAAAAUGCAUAAUGGUAAAACCUGUACAGACUAUUGGAAAGUCUCCCAAAUAUUUAAAGCUGCUUGCACUUCUGUUUUCAAGGCAGGGCAUAUCUGUGAUCACAUCUUUGUAUCAGUUCACAUAUUUUUAAUCUUAACCCAUACCUAUGAAGUUUUUGCAUCACUGAUCUGGUUUAAAAACUCAAUGUGUCAUUUAGCUAUCCAAAGUCUAAUGAUCUUUCUGUGAGAUGCUGACCACUAUUAUUUUUUGUUUUCUUACAGUUUCUGAGUUAGGGAAAUUAGCAAAGUUAAUAUAUCCGAAUAGUUUAUAAAAUUAUUAUAGAACGUUUUGCAUUUUGCAUCCCUGAAAAAAAAAUUGGGUUUCUGGUUUAGAAAUAAUAGCAAAUUUCAGCUUGCUUUUCCUUUUAUGGGGCAGUUGAAGGAAGUACUCACAAAAUAUUAGAUUGGGGUCAAGGAAUGAUGAUUAUUCUUCAUAUGCUCUUUACAAAACCAGAGAUGAUUGUUCCUUCAAAGAUAUUCCUCAAACAAUUCUUACCUUCUAGGACCUAUUACACAGUCCACUAAAGACAACAUAAAAAUACCAAUCAAGGAGCUUUACCAAACAUUUGAGGUGAUAUGGCUUCAGUGGAGAUUUCAGCCUUAUUUUCUCCAUUCCAAAUCUCAGGACCAUCAGAUAUAACACAGCAAACACAGCUGGCAAAUUUUCUAUGCCUGCAUAAUAUUCCUAAUGAAUCAGUCCCUAAAUUAACGCACAAUAUGUAUUAUUUUAGUAGCCUAUGUAAAUAAUUUUUUUUAAAAAAUCCCACCAUACAUUCUGAAUGUAGAUUAUAACAUACAGAGGAUAUAUUUGAAUAAAUAUACAAACAAGUCUGUUUACCCCAAUGGAAAUUAUUUCCUUUCAAGCCUUCUUUGAGCAGUUUAUAACCUUCAUUUUUCUUAUUUCCAGAGAAAAUUGUUUAUGUCGUCUGUGAAUGUAUAUAUGGACAUAUAUAAGGGAAUAUAUAUGCAGAUGUGGUAUGUGUGUAUAUAUGUAUUCCCCUAUAUAUAAAACUCUAAUUUAUAUAUAUUAUAUAUAUUUCUGUAUAUAUAAAAUAUAUAUAAUGUUUUAGAGUAAGUUACAUAUUGUGCCUGAUAAAUGAAACAUAAUUGUAAGCAAAUAAAAAACUUCCACAAAUGACAGAAAAAUUUUAAGCUUUUUUGUAAGGGCAUAUGCUAUUUUUCAGUUUCUGCUAGAUUUAUUUAUAAUAAAAAUUAAUUAAAAUGCUGCAGUAUUACAUAACACUGGUUUCCAACCAUGACUCAGUUCAAAGCAGCCUAAGAUCACUGAGAAUGUUCAUUAAGGUAUACAGCAAAACCUACAUUGUUGAUGAACUUGUUGGUGGGGUGUCAUUGCUGUGGAAAUAUUAACAAAAUGAUCUCUGAACAGACUGCAACCAAUAUACUGAGUUUUCAGCUAAUGUGACAUGUGUGACCAGUUCAUACAAAAUAUUGGUGGACAUUAUAUUUUUUGUAACAAGUAUGGAAAGUGAGAACACUCAAGCCCCUGCAAACAAUAUUCCUGUUAGAUUAAUAUGUGAAAUUCUCUAGAACAUUAGUCAUUAAAAACACUGACAAUAUAUCAUAAUUUUUGCAGGUUUUGGUGGUUUUAAUUGGUCUGCAUGUAGGCAAGCCCAUGAAAAGUCUACAUUUGGCUCUCACUCUUUAAAACAGUUACACUUUAAAAUUACUGGGAGAUUUUUCAGAGUGGUACAUAAGUCAUUUGCAUAAAUUCUCUUCCUCAAAGAGUGAUACAGCUGCAUUUUCCAUUUAUAGCCUGCUUGGAAAGUUCAUCGUAUCUUCAGUUUAUCAACAGAACCUGGUAUUGCUAUGCAAUAAUUAAACAUGCAGUAACCAUUGUUGUUGACUAAUAAAGUUGUUUCUUCCUUUCUGUAUUUUGCAAUACUGUAUGGUUUUUACUUGAAUAAAUUGGCUAGAUUUUUUUUUGACAAUCAUUUAUUAGCUAGAGGUGCUAUUUAUGUUCCAAAGAGAUAUGAGUGAAUGAUAACUUUCUAGAUGCCAAAUCCUUUUUUUGACCUGACAAAAUUCAUUGUUCAUAAUGUAUAUUAACCCUGUAAAGUGCUUAUGCAUUGCAUUAAAUUGUAUUUAAAUGCAUUUUUGUUCAUUAACUUCUAGUCCAGGCUUGUACUACUGUGUAAUAUGUCAAGUUUGUCCAUAUAUAUUUAUGGGAAAUUACAAUGAAAAUUGUGUAUAAUAAGCAGUUGGGAGGAAAAAAAAAAGAAAAUAAAAUUUCCAUGUAAAGUUUUUCUGAAACGAUGCAAAUUCUAUUUCUUAGGCUCCUUAAUAGUAUAUUAUUUACACCUUCAGAGUAUGCAAAUAUUCAUAGAUUGGUUCACAAUUCAGUUGUAGCAAAGGUCUCAAAAUAAUUUCUUGUUGCAUACAGAAACAGAACUUCAAGAUUUCCUGUGGAGAAAAGCUACUGUUAGUAGCAGAACAUUGUACCAACCCCUUGCUAUUCCUAGUUUCACCAUCUGGACACCAGGGAUUCUUUUCCCCGUUACUUGGAUUUGGAUGUGUUCCUAUGUUCCAUGUACAUGGAAUGUUAUUCCUUAGUCACCAAUACUCAUUUUGCUACAGAAGAGGAAUUUAUCCACGUCUUGAAAUAGUGUAUGUAGAUAAGUCUUACUUUGUAUCCUCUGAAUAUUGUCUGUUCCCAUGUUUUUGUAAAUUGACUUCAGUCUAUGAUUUUUUGCCCCAGUUAAAAUGUUAUUUACAGAAUGUGAUUGGAUAAUUAAAAUUAAGAUAUUGGGGAGGUGUUAGAGACAGUAUUAAGAUGCACCUUUGCAUACUAUCUACACAUCUUUUAGAUAGAUGCACAGGAGGCUACUAGAAAACAAAGAUAUAAAGUAUUAACUAUUGAAUAAGGAAGAAAUAACUUUAUCAAAGCAAACGGUUGUUAUAUUUCUAAUAACUGUAAAAUCUAUUUUCAAAGAAUUAUACAUAUAACCUUCAUGAUACAGAAGUUUUGAUUCAGCUGUCAAAAUAUAUUUUGAUAUUGUUUAGAUUAUGGACCCUUGUAAUAUUUGCAUGUCUGACUGUUUUAAUAAUCAUAAAAAUCCAUUUUCAGGUAUUAACCAAGCUAAAGAACAAAAAAAAAGUUAAAAAUAUCUAGUAGUAAAAUUGUCUUUUUGAAACAAUGAACAAGAUAUGAUAUUUAACCCUGCUCAGAGACACAGCUGAUAUCACUUUUGGGCCUGAAGAUGUUUUGCCUCACUGAAUCUAAAUGCAUGACUAAAAUACAUUGCUGAAAAAUAGAUACUGAUUUCAGAAAAAUCAUUCCUAUUAAUGAGGUUUUGUAUUUUGAUCGUGUAGUGGCAAGAUAAAUGGAGACCUCAGUCUGUAGUUUGUUUCUAAUAUGAGCUGUUAGUGUUUUCCAACAAAUGUUAUUUUAUUCUAGUAAUGACCCCUUUUAACUCUGCUGAUUAUUCCAAGUCAAGUAAAUAGAUUGCACAUGCCAUUGCAACUCAACAUUAAUAGCUUCCACAGUUUUAUUCCUCUGAUCAGGACUUUAAAAACAUUAUCAUUCAUUGAAGUUCCUAAUCUAUAACAAGCAGUCAACCCUCAACUUGUGUGGGAUCUGCUAUGCCAGCUGGUUCUCUGAAAGUCUAUGGGACCUGAUGGGAUUAAUCUGAGAAGUGUUGGCUGAUAUUGUUGCAAAACCUCUAGCAAUUGUUUUCAAAUGUCUUGGGAAUCUGAAGAGGACACAGGUGACUGGAAGCUGGCAAGCAUCUGCAUUUGCCAUAGCACAUUAUGUCUUGCUUCAUCUUCUUACAUUGCAGAUAGAGAUCAGAGGUACCAGCAUUGGUUUUUAAAUAUAAGGUCUGAAACAUAAGUCAAAGGAAAUUAAGUGUUAUAUAUAUAUAUAGUGUAUUAACAAUAGUCACAUAAUUGGUGAUUGUGAUUCAACUGGUUGAAUACGUAGUUCCAUUUCAUUAGAUGACUUCUAAUUACCCAUGCCUGGUGACAUCAAAUUGUAAGUCUGUCUUAGUUAAUAUACAUCCAUUCGCUGAAGGCUUAUUUUUGUCAUGGAAGCUUCUUACAGCAUCCUGUUGUAUAACAUAAUGAUGUUCUCACCUCAAAACUUACAUAUGAGAAUAUGAUAAUGUUCUUUUUUUGACUAGCAUGACACCUCAGUCUUGCUGGUUUUUCUGUACAGAGGAACUCUCGACCUAAUCCAAAGUUUCACUUUUUUUCUCAGAAAAUAUAAAAUAAAGAUGAUACACCUGGACAUAAUCCAGGUGAAACACUGAGUCAGAUUUAUAUUUUUAGGACAUUUUACCCACUUUUUUUCAGUGCAAAUGGAUCUUUAAACAUUGAGGACUGUACUGUCUUGAAUUCAGUUUAAAAUUUUAUAAUCACAGAUUUCAUGUAUUAUUUGAAAAUUACCUCAAAUCAAUACUUCACAUUAAUAUAUGAGAAUUUAAAGUAAUUUGUCAAAACUAAUACUCAGAUGAUUUUCUUUUCUGGGAUUUAGUCAGAAUUCAGAGUAAAUGGGCCUGGAAGGUAAUUAAGUUACUUUCCUUCUUUCAUAUAUUCUUCUCCUCCUAACUUUAUCACUGAUACUGAUCAUGCAAAUGUGAGAGACUGAAUCAAUGAUUAAUGUUUUAAACAUUGUUAAGAUCAUUGAAGUACCUUUGUCCAGUGUAGUGGCUACUGACCACUGAAGGCCACCCCUCCCCAAAUAUGCCUCCAGACAGGAAUGUGGACUCUGAUGAGAACUUGAGAUAAGAUAAAGGUGUUACUUUGUGCAAAUAUCUCAGGUCUAAGGAGAAGUAAACAAGGCUGAGGGAGAAGAAUGAAUUCACAAGGGAAGCCAAACUCAGCAGCUGUGCUGAAAAUCAUCUCUGCCUGGGUUCGUGGUGGGAGAGGCCACAGCCCACAGGCUGAUCUGCUGAGGCCAGGUUUGUACACACUCACCCUGCUGCCCAGGGAGAGGAGGAGACUUUGUGGGGGUGUGAUAUAAGGAGUGAACACCCAUACACCAACUGCCUCAGCUGUAAAAUCUCCCAACAAUAAGAGUAAGGAAAAAAAACCCAAACAAAAACACAAACAAAAAAACCACAAACAAAGAAAACACAAAAAAAGCUUUUUUUCCAACUGUUUGGACCUUAUAUGAUAAAAAGGACCUCUGAGAAAUUCCUUAGAAAUUGUGACGUCUCCAUAAAGAAAAAAAGGAAUCAAAAUGCAUGCCUGGAGGAUAUACUGUUCAGCAUUUUCAGAUAUCGCCCAAUAAAUCUUGUAAAUAUUAUUUCAAUUUAA